AUCAUGUUUUAAUCAUGGCUCUAAGAAAUUACGCGAAUAUGACAUGUAUGUUGCUAUAUGUCCUGUGUCUAACCAUCGCAAAUGCUUCAACGUUGAAGAAAGAAGCUUCAAAUGGUCCAUGGGAACUAAAACCAGAAGCCGAACCUGCUGCAACGGCACCCGUCCUUGGGGAUUACCUUUCAAAGAAGGAUUUUCAAAAUUACAAUGAAUUGUCUAACCUACUGGAUGAGGAAUCCAAGAGUCCAGGCGAGAUGAGCGCAUCGAAAAGUGGUGGUAAUGCUGCAGUAUUUGAUAGCAAACCAGCAUUAGAUGCCACAGCUGAACCCACUGAAGAUGAAUUAUCUGAUCAUGAACUCCCUGAUUUGGACUUGAAGGAUGAGGGUACUGCUCAGCCUCCCAAACAGCAACAGAAUCCACAGGUUCCAGCAACUCAUCCUCAUGAAGAACAUGUAGUACACUCAGAAAAACACGAGCAGCCCUCAGCAGAUCACCUACCAACCCCUACCCACGAAGAAGCUCAAGUUCAUCCAAACAUAGAUCAUUUUCAACAUGUUGAUGAUCAUGACCACAUAUUAGGUGAUUUUGAAAAACAUGUUUCCUUUGUUCCUGAGCACGGUGUUGUUCGCCCACACGGUUUGGGUUCUUUUGAACAUGUUAUUCACCAUGUUGUACAAGCUCAAAGACUUCCUUUGCACCAAGGACAUAAUGGAUUUCCACAUGAUGAUAAAUGGCAUAGGGACGCUGUUUUAUCCAGUUUGCAUGUAGAACAUCCAGAUAAGGUAUGGAAUUCUCCAGGAAAACUUAACGAAAAACUGCGUGGGUUUGCAGCUACAAAAUCUGCAGGUCCCACCUUUGGACGUGGAGAAACUAACAGAAUUUGCGACACAGUAUGUAAUGCAAUGGGUGUUUGCCAUCAAGAAUGCUUUUGCUCAAAAGAUCCCGGCUGUCUUUGCACAAAGGAAAUGCGCCUACUAACCUCAAUUUGUGAUGUUCUGCUUCAAGAUCCUGAUAUAGGUUCCAUGUGUACUAAUCCAGAUUACAACACUAAUCCUGAGCAUUAUACCGAUGUUAUUUCCAAUGCAUACCCUGUAGUUAGACAUUCUCUUUGCAGUACUAGACUUCAUACUGUCUGCAAGUAA